AUGAAUACCACCGACCUUUCAUCGAAUUCAAGGCCUUUAUUGUUUCUAUGUUGUGGAGACGCUUUAUUAAUUAAUUUCUCUGUGAUGGAAUUUUAUCCCCAAUUUCUGCCUGAAUCACAAAUUACUUGGUCUGACUCAAAUUUGUGGCAAUUGCUGUUUCUAAUCCUAAUAGCCCUUCCUGCUUGGAUCUUAAUCUGUUCACUUUUUCUGCAAAAAAAGAAACUAGCAAACACACAACUUGGUGACACCAUUACAGCAUUAACAACGGCAGUAUUUUUGAUACUUUCCUUUAUCAGAUUUAUGACUUUAUUAGAAUACCAACCUCACUGGAAUUUUCUACAAUCCAACAUUUUUAUUGGCAUUGGUUAUUUUAUAAUUUUCAUUGGAUUCUGUCAUCUUCAACAGGCAAUGAAAUCAUUAGGAAUUCUUCAAAUAUUUAAAGCUAAUUCAGUUCCAAAAUCUGCUCUGGUAAAACAAAAUGUUUUUCGUACUUGUACAAGUUCUUUUGGUGUUGAAUCAACAUUGUAUUUUGGAAAUAGCCUUUUGCAUCUUGGGGCAUCUUUAAUAUAUGCAAGUCAAGCAGGGAUGCUUAUUACAUUUGCUCUUGGGUUUAGCUACAUUGAAAUAACGUUUAUCAGGAAGAAUUUGGGCAUAAAGGUUUUUUGA